UUUUAAAUCGCUCGAGAGGUUAAAACAACAACAUCAUAAUGAAGUGCCUGUUGUUCAUCGGAUUCUGCCUCUUGGUGGUUUCGUGCAGCCAAGCUGCCCAGUCCCCACUGCUGACGUCCUUCACAAAUCUUGCCUUAGCAGAUAAAAAGGCUGUCCAAAUUGUCCUAAAGAAUAAGGAUUUUAUAAUUGCCCAAGGAAAUCCGACCUUGGUAACGGCCCUUAAAACCACUCGGGCAAACUUGCUCGCCUUCGUCUCCCAGGUUUCGUACAGUUCCGAUGCCAUCCAGGCCGAACUCAGCAAGGCUUCCAGAAAACAGCUCAUAGCAGCGAUGAACGAGCUCACUGUCUUGUCCGACACCUUGACCGCAUCGCUGAGUGUCUCAUUUGCCGAGGGAUCUCCGCUGAAUGUUCAGGAUGCCCUCAAUAGGUUCAUCGCGAGUGUGGAACCCAUUGUGGAAGCCAUUCAGACCAUUUUGGUCCAGAGCGGCGGAACUGCCUGCAGGAGCCUAAACGAUGCUAUUGUUCAGCUGAAAGGUAACUUUCUGGCGAUUCAAGCCUCUGGAUGAAUGAUGUUUCGGAAUCAAUAAACAAUAAAAGGUUUUCUAUUUA